GUCCCCAUAAUCUCAAUGAAAUGAAUGGAAUCUAAAUAGCUCUGUAGCUAGAGAGAUACAUAACCAUUCAUUAGAACCAAUGAGUUCUAGCUUUGUCACCAAAUCACCACCACCACCGUCACCGUCCUCUUCCUCAUCGCCGCUGAACUCCUCCACUGAGUCCCUUGAUGGCUUGAAGUUUGGCCAAAAAAUAUAUUUUGAGGAUGUGAGUGUGGCAACUCAGGCCAAACCCAAUAAUGGGGUCUCUUCUUCUUCUUCUUCCUUAGGGUCAAAGAAGGGAAGGGGUGGUGUGGUUAAUGUGGCUCACCCUCCUAGGUGUCAGGUGGAAGGUUGUAAAGUAGAUCUGAGUGGUGCUAAGGCUUACUAUUCUAGGCAUAAAGUUUGUUGCAUGCACUCCAAAUCCCCUACUGUCAUUGUCAAUGGUUUGGAGCAAAGGUUUUGCCAACAGUGUAGCAGAUUUCAUCAGCUUCCUGAAUUUGAUCAAGGAAAACGAAGUUGCCGCAGGCGAUUAGCUGGUCAUAAUGAACGUCGGAGAAAGCCCCCACCCAGCUCCUUAGUAACCUCUCGUUAUGCCAGACUUUCUUCACCUAUUGUUGAUAACAAUGGUUCUGGUGAUGGCUUUCUAAUGAAAUUUGCUUCAUACCCAAAGCUUACUCUGAGAAAUGCAUUGCCAACACCAACAUCUUCUGAACCAGUUCCUGGGAAUCAAACUGAAACACUUACUUGGCUGGCCAAUUCAGAGACACCAUCUGAAUUUUUCCUGCAAAGUUCAGUGGGUGGAACAAGCAUCACUGGUCCAAGAUAUCCUUCAGUGGAAAGUUACACUGCAGUCACAGACUCAAACUGUGCUCUCUCUCUUCUGUCAAAUCAAACAUGGGGUUCUAGAAACUCAGCACCACCAAGUGUUGAGCUGAACAACUUGUUGAAUUUCAAUGGUACACCCAUGACACAACUUGCUGCAUCAUCUCAAGUUGCAGCCAUCCAUCAGCAUCCAAAUGCCUCAUGGUAUUUCAAGGGCAUUGAUUCUGGUAAUUGUUCACCUGAGGUUGUCCCUUAUCUCGGUCCGGGUCAAAUUUCCCAGCCUCUUCAUAGCCAUCUUUCUGGGGAGCUUGAUGUGUCACAAGGUAGGAGGCAAUUUUACAUGGAUCUAGGGCAGUCCAGGAACUGUGAGUCUUCUCACUGGUCACUUUAAAGCUCUUCUUUUGCUGUAAGGUAUGUAAUAAUAUCAUGUGGCACAAAAACCAGAGAGGGGAAUCUGUGCCUAUUUGAUCAAUUACCAGACUGGUACUACUGCUUAUUUUGGUUUGUUUGAAAUUAUAUGUAAGGCAACUUCUAGACAUCCUUAUUUUGGUGUGUUUGAACUUUUAAGCAAGGUGUGUAGCCUUGUUACAUUUUGUGGAACAUUUAGACAUUAUUAUUUUGGUCUAUUUGAACUUGUGUACUUAGAAGCAAGAAGCAAGUUGGGUAGCCUUGUUUCAUUUUUUGGAACUUCCAUAGACAUG